CGGCGAGAGCAGAAAAACGACACCGCGAGAAAAAUUAGUAUUUUUGCACUUCACAAAUUAAUGACCAUGAGCUCGUUUUUGAUAAACUCCAACUACAUCGAGCCCAAGUUCCCUCCCUUCGAGGAGUUCGCACCGCACAGCGGCCCGGGCGGUGGGGACAGCGGCGCGGGCGGGGGUCCUGGCUUCCCGCGGCCUCAGACCGCCUCGCACCUGCCGGCCCCGAACCUACACGCGGCCCGCCAGCCCCCUGCUUACUACGCGCCAAGGGCGCGCGAGCCCAGCUACCCCGGGGGCCUGUACCCCGCGCCCGCCGCCGCCUGUCCCUACGCCUGCCAAGGCGCCAGCCCCGCGCGACCCGAGCAGUCCCCGGCCCCCGGCGCGCACCCCACCCCGGCCCCUGCGCCCCCUGCGCCCCCUCGGCGCUGCGCCCCCGGUCCCGCCACCCCGGCUGUCGCGACAGGGGGCAGCGCCCCCGCGUGCCCGCUGCUGUUGGCGGACCAGGGCCCGGCGGGCCCGAAGGGCAAGGAGCCCGUGGUGUACCCCUGGAUGAAGAAGAUCCACGUGAGCGCCGUCAACCCCAGUUAUAACGGAGGUGAGCCCAAGCGCUCUCGAACAGCCUAUACCCGGCAGCAGGUCUUGGAGCUGGAGAAGGAAUUCCACUUUAACCGCUACCUGACCCGGAGGCGCCGCAUCGAGAUCGCCCAUACGCUCUGCUUGUCCGAGCGCCAGGUCAAGAUCUGGUUUCAGAACCGGAGAAUGAAGUGGAAGAAAGACCAUAAACUUCCUAACACCAAGAUGCGAUCUUCCAACUCAGCCUCGGCCCCUGCCGGCCCGCUUGGGAAAGCACAAACUCACAGCCCACACCCUCAUCCCCACCCUCUUCCUAGUGCCUCCACACCCAUCCCCUCAUCCAUAUAAUCCGCUAGAGACCUAAAUCAGUUUCUGUCACUUACCUGCCCUC